AUUACCUCUUCCCUCUUCGCUCUCGAAUACAUACAUGAUACAUCACUUCUAAAACUGUUCGUGUUUUUGUCUUCCUUUUUCUAUACUUUUUCAGUUUUUUAUUUUCUCGAGAAACAAAAGCUGUUCUGUUUUUUUCUUCCUUUUCUAAUAUUGAUGUGGCAAAGAACUGGAUCUUGAUGUUCAAACAUUCAUGUCGUCUCCGGUGAUUAGUGAAAUCCUUAGAUCUGGGCUUACUAUAGAUUCGUCUCUUAGACGCAGGACCCAUCUCGUUCAAUCUUUCUCCGUCGUCUUCCUCUACUGGUUCUAUGUCUUCUCAUAAAUCAUCUCUUCUUUAGCCCUAUAACUAUAUAGUAUACACAUAUAAACCUUUAUAAUAAGAUUAUAUUAUAGAUUUUACAAAACCCUAACUUGGGUCCUGCGUCUUUUAUUUGAACUAGUAUUUUUCUGUGUGUGUUUUUGGUAUAAUAAAUAUGAAUAAAACUGAACUGGGAUCUCCGACAAGCAACUCGUCUGUUUCGACGAUCGGUUCACAAAACUCCGGGUUGGAAUCUGAUCUCCGACAACGUGACCUACUCGACGAGCGGAAGAGAAAGAGGAAGCAGUCGAACAGAGAGUCGGCGAGGAGGUCGAGGAUGAGGAAGCAGCAGCACUUGGACGAUCUAGCGGCUCAGGUCGCUCAUCUACGUAAAGAAAACGGCCAUAUCGUCGCCGGGAUCGCCGUCACGACGGAGCACUACGUCACCAUCGAGGCGGAAAACUCCAUUCUCAGAGCUCAGCUCCUGGAGCUCAACCACCGCCUUGAUUCCCUCAACGAGAUCGUCGACUUUGUCGAGUCGUCUUCCUUGGAGAUGGAGACUGGUCAGGGAGGAGGACUAAUUGACUACAGCGGCCCCAGCGGCGGAGGUGGAUUUUACGACGGGCUGAUGAAUACUCUCAAUCUAGGGUUUUAUAACCAACCAAUCAUGGCUUCUGCUUCUACUGCUGGUGAUGUUUUCAACUGUUGACAUCAUCGUGAGUGUGACGAAUAUGAAUGACAUCAAGGGUAAUCAUGUAACUCUAUAUUAUAUAAGUGAUGUUAUGUUUUUUUAGUUUGUAAGAUAAAAAGUUAAUUAACGCUUAAUAAGUGUUUAAAAAUGCGAUAUCAUGAAGAUGAUGAUGUGUUGCUGUAAGUGGGAAAUAUUUUAAGUUUUUAUAUAUAUAUCAAAACGGAGAAAUAUCAUUUUGUCCU